AUGUCUUCUAAUAUCCAACAAAGUCAAAUUGGACUUCCAGCAAAUAUGUCAAACCAAAAUAGAACAUAGAACAGCCAAGUACUCAAUUAUAACAAUUUUGCUUAUGCUUAAAGUAAUAUUAGGUGGGAUUCCCAGAAUCAGCCCUCAUAAAUAAAUAAUCCAACUGGUUCGUAACUCUUAAAGUAAUAACAAUUCUGUAUAAUAUGUUAAUAAUAUGUAAUAGAUGAGGGUUAAUAGUAGUCACAAAUCAAAUAGCAACAAUAAUCAAAGAUCUAGCUUGCCCAAUCAGACAUAAGAGGUGGUAAUUUUUACUAGAGCUAAAUUGUGAAUAGUGGAUAUGAUGCAAAUAUGUUAUAAUCCAAACCCUUUUAAGGAUCUUAAGAGCAACAAAUCUAAUAAAGAUCAAAUCUUCCAAAUUCGAAUUCAAAUAUAAUUAUUACAGAUAAUUGGACAGAGAACGAUUAUGCUAAAUAAUUUGAAGAGUGGAGAGACUUAAUUUAAUUAAAUAAAGACUUUAUAAGUCAAUUAGAGAAUGAUAGAUUGUAAAUUCCAUUAUCUAACGUCAUUGUACAAGAAAUAUUAAAAAUCAAAUCAAAUAUCUUAAAGAAUUCCCUUAUAUCUAAAUUAACCUAGUUCAAUGAGAUUAUUAAACCAUUUUCAUAUGAAUUGUCAAAUAAGAGUGAAGAAUUAGAACAAUCAUUAGGUAUUCUAAAAUAAAGUAGGAAGCCCCCGAAAAAUAAAUUUGCCACUCCCUAAUAAGAACAAUAGUCAGCAUUGUCUAAUGUUCAACUUUUCAACCAAUAAUUAAGUCAUGUCAAAUUGGAAAUACAAAAUCAAAUCAAUUUGACCAAUAGUAUACUUCAAUAGAUAAGUGGCUAAAAAAAUUACAUUGAACCAUAAGAAAAUUAUCAACAGAAACUAGAAAAUGCAUUCAGUUCUUAGUUGCUAUACGUGAGAGAACGAAUGACACAAUCAAUUAAUUUAUUGUUAUUUAUUCAUGAAAGGGAAGUGUUCAAUUUAGAUAGAUAAAUUAAUUCCUAGAUAUAAGAAUCUGAUACUCUUAGCAUUACAUCUUUAUUAGAGAAGCUAAUGAUAAUUGAAGGGCUAUUAGAAAAGUUUUACGAAAAGAAAUAAGAACUAAGAGAAUUUAAAGAGAGAUUGACUUAAUUGUAAAACAGAAACAUUGAUCUAUUUUCUGACUUUUUUGAAGAUGUGGAGUCUCUGUACAAAUAGUAUAAGAUUUAUUAUGUAGAGAUUAAGUAAAUCUAAUAGAUUUCAAAUUAGCCAAUUUUAUAGAAUUUACAAAUUAAAAUAAAGUAAUAAUUAUCCAUAGCAGCAAAGUAAGUUUGGUUGGACAUUAAACAAUUAUACUUUAAUGGUAACAGGAUUAAGGAUUUUAAUGAAGAAGAAAAGUUUCAACUAUUUAACUAGUACAAUAUUGAAGCAUAAGUGCAAUAUAUCAAAUCAUAUGUGAAUCAAUUACAAAUUGAUUACUUAAAGAAAGGAAAUUAAGUGCCUUUGGAAGAAUCGAAAAAACUCAAAUAAUUAAUAUAUAAGGCAGAAUCUUAAUAUCAGAAGACUAAUCAAAUACGAUAGGAAAUAUCUUUAUUAGAACAAUAAGAGUUUAUAGCAUAUAGAAAUUACAUAACCGAUAAUGUUAAACCCAGAUUCUUUGUCGACUUUAAGGAACUUUAUGCGAAAGACUUUUAUGAAGUCAUUCAUUUCUAAUAUGCAGAUGCCAGUGUUCUAGAGACUACAAAAUAAUUACUCUAAUUUAAAUUCCCUACAUUUGAUUGGAAUGAAAAUAUAGAUGAUGAAAGAUAAAGAAUCGAAAUAAUAAUGUAGAGACAUGACGAAGUGUCUGUAAAACUAUAAGGAUUGGCCGAACAAUAUUCAAGUGAGACCAAAUUUGUUAAAUAAUUAAGAAAUUGGAAGGGAGAACUGCUUAAAUGUAUUAACAUUUUGAAGCAGUACCUUGUGAUUAAGGAAUAAUUAAAAGGUGAAAUUAUAACAUUAUUAAAAUGGCCAUAGACAACAUAGAAUAUGUAGAAAAUAAAUGAAUUCAGUGUACAUUGCGAGUAAAUUAGCAGGUAAGCUAAUCAAUAUUUCUAAGCAAUUGAAUAAUUGUAAUCAAUGCAACUAAUAGACAAUUUAUAAUUAUUGUUUAAUAAAUAGAAUCAAACAGUUAAGUAAUAUUUAAUUGAAUAAUGCAACUUCAUUAAUUAAAGAGAAUUCUCACCAAUUAUUAAUGAUUAAAUGCAAAUCGUGUAUUAAUUCUUGUAUGCAUGUAUGGAAUGCUUAAAUUUUGAUAUCGAUGAGGUAUUUUGCAGGACAACUACAUAUUAAGAGUUUGAGAAUAUUUUGAGUGGUUCCACAAAACUAUAAGAAUUGAAGAAUGUUAUUGAUGGCAAUGUUCAUAAUUCUGCUUUGAGAUACAAACUAUUUUAAAUUAUAGAUAAUUUCAUGAAAAAUAAGAUCAAAUAAGACUUUUAGAAUUUAUUCGAAUUAAAAAUAUAAUAGAGCAAAUAGGAUACUAAUAAUUUCAAUCCAAAGGAACUAGAAAAAAGAACUGACUUAAAGUUCCCUAUCAAUAGACCUGAUAUUUGCGAAAAUAGCUAUUGCAAAUUGAAUAUGGAUUUGAUUAAUUAAAUAAUAGAUUAGCCAGAUCUUAGAUAUAUAUUCUCAUAAUUCAGAGAUCUACUAACCAAUAUCACUGCUGUUAUCGAUCAAGAUAUCUCUGUAACAGAUAUUCAGAUCAAUCAAAUAACUAUUCUAGAAUUAGCCAACAAUUUUUCAAAUCAAUUGCUCAUCCAAAAUUAAUUGACAAAUAUUCAGCCUUUGAUUAGAUUUCAUCAACAAUUAUCGUAAUUCCCAAGUAUAAAGCAAUUUUAAAACCAACUCAUUAACUUGGGAAUUGUAUUUCCUGCUGAAUAUAAUAAAUAUUUGGCAGCCUGUCAAAGGAGAGUCUAAAGAUUAGUCCAAAAUUUCGAUGAGAUUUCAUAAGCUAAAUUGUAUUUCAAUAACAAUGAAUACAUAUUAACAUAAAUAGAUUUUCCAUAUCUGUAUAUAGACUCCAAGUCCUUGAUUUUGGAAUAUCAGCCAUUAAAAUUUAAUUGCAGUCUAAAUGUUAAAAUAAAUGGAAAAGUAUUAAAGACAGGAUCGACAAUUCAAAUAUGA